AUAAGCAAGCCCUUUCUUUGGAAAGGUUGAUCAAGAGAAGGACAUCGCUCUGAUCACACGAUAGAGAGCAUUGCUAGCAGAAAACAGUGACAAUAUUUUCUACUUACGAUGGGAACAACCAAACUCAAUCAUGUUGGAAUAAUAGCCCUAUGUCUUCUUAGUUUGACAGUUUGUUUCGUCAAAGGUGAAGCUAACUGCACCUCUAAAAUAAAACCAAUUAAAAUUCGCCCAUGCCCAGAUGGCCUUAGAGAUGACGGUAUAAGUUGCUGGAAAGAUUCGUACGGCCGAGGUGUUGGUCGAAUUCCCGACAAAUCACCUUGCCAGGAAGACCAACGCGAUGACGGAACAAGCUGUUGGAUUGAUUCCUACGGAAGAGGGGUUGGUCGCGCUGCCGCCAAAGCUCGGUGCCCAAAGGGUCUUAGAGAUGAUGGAACCAGUUGCUGGAGCGAUGCUCACAUAUAUGGGAAAGGAUGUUGUUGUACAUUGUGGGGAUGCUGUAACAAAUGUCCAAGUGGUUAUAAAGACGACGGUUGCACAUGCAGAAAGGUCAACAUAGGAAUAAAGGUGACCCUAUUCCAGAGGUUAGGCUGUAACAGCACGGAGGACAAAUACGGAUCUCGCUGCUACCCCAAAUGUCAGUCUGGUUAUAAAGCCGUUGGAUGUUGUAUUUGCGAACCUAAUGGUGGACCUGGAAUAGUUCAGACUUUAAAAUCCCGACAAAGCUGUAAAACGAAUGAAACCAUGUACGGUGGACUGUGUUACCCAGAAUGCAAGCAGGGAUAUAGGUCGGUGGGAUGCUGCGUGUGUGAACCAGAGGAAGGUCCAGGAAUAAAGAUAACAUAUUCGAAACGUCAGUAUUGUGAAGGUAAUGAUCUGAAAUUCAAUGGUGUAUGUAUCGAUAAGGAAGGAUGUUCAACAUCUGAUCUUGUCAAUGAGUUGCAGAAAGUGACAAAGUUGUCCCCAGAAAUGGUCGAUCAUCUCAAAGAAAGGAUUGCAGCCAGCAGAAAAUGAAUAAGCUUACCGAUUUUACCUAAAGAUAAAAAGGUAUACGGCUACAUAGAGUGAUUUUUUUUCCUAAAAAUAUUUAACAUUAGAAUUAUGUUGUUUCCAUAAUAAUAUGGUUCUCUCUCAAAAGAGCACAUGGACUAUUUCUGUUAUUGGACACACAUGAACACUGUUCGUAAUCAGAAAUAACAGUUUACGGAACAAAAUACUGUACUGCUAAGUAGAUAGCAAAUAGUAAAGCAAUGAUUUGUAAAUGCGCCUUCCUCUCUUUUUGAAAUAAACAAAAAUAUGAUUAUGCACAAACAA